CCAUCACUUGCGCGCCAGUGCCCCAGCAGAGCGAGCGCUCUGUGUGGUGGGUGGAGCGGAGUCUGGAGACAGUUGACUGUGCAGAAGGCGCGUGUGGGGAGCCCAGAAGAUGCCUCUCGUGAUUUCGCUCUGUGUUGCGUUGUGCGUGUCUCUGUGUUGUGCCAUCCCGCGGGAAUUGCUGUACCCCAGCGGGUUCCGAAACGACCAGCUGCUACCUCGCGACCAGGAUGAAGCUUCUAGUCCUGAGAUAACGCUCCAAGUACCGAUCGUGUUCUACGGCGAGACGUACAACACCAUAUAUGUGAAUUCUAAUGGUUUGCUGUCAUUCCUGACAGAGAUUCCGAGCUUCUUUAACAUACAGUUUCCUUUAGACUACCCAGUCAUCGCGCCUCUGUACACAAAUGUAGACACUAGGGGCAGUGGUACUGUCUACUACAGAGAAACUCAGGAUGCUUCAUUGUUACAAAGGGCAACGGAAUCAAUUCAUCAAGCCUUCAGUUAUGCAGCUUACUUCGAAGCCACAAGUUUGUUCAUAGCCACUUGGAAGGAUGUUGGGUACCAUAAUCAGGGUGCCGAUAAGGUAAAUACUUUCCAAGUGGUAAUAGCAAGUGAUGGAUCAGACUCAUAUGUUGAGUUCCUGUAUGCAGAUAAUGGCAUCCAAUGGAUCCAGGGGACUGGGCAGUCAUCUGGCCUACCUGAUGCGAGAGCACAGGCUGGACUGGUCUCAGGUGAUGGCCGACUCUACACCCUUCGAGGUUCUGGAACUGACCAGAUUCAAAACCUAGACAAAUGGUCCAAUGUUGGUGUUAAUGGAGUAUGGAUAUUCCAUAUUGGGCAGACAAGCAGCAGUGGUAAUAUUAUGCCACCGGAUUUGGAGGUUGGAAGUGAGGCCACCACAACAGACACAUGUUCUGUUGGAGCCACAACCUGUCAUAGUAAAGCCAGCUGUGUCGACUAUCAAAAUGGAGGUUUCUGCUGUAUCUGUCAGCAUGGCUACUUUGGUAAUGGAUUCAACUGCUUGAAAGAAGAGAUUCCCCUAAGAGUGAAUGGAAAGAUUAUAGGCACAUUGAAUGGUCAGGAGUUAUCUCAGCAAGACCUGCAGUCUUAUGUCGUGACCACUGAUGGGCGGACCUACACAGCGCUGUCACAUGUUUCCCAAGACAUUGGCUAUGACAUGCAAACCCUGAAUGUACUGGGUGGAGUUAUUGGCUGGUUGUUUGCACGACCUGUAAGCAAGGCAGUCAAUGGUUAUGAACUUACAGGAGGAAUUUUCAACCAUACAGCCGAUAUAACAUUUCCACAAACGGGACACAAAGUGACAAUUCGCCAGAUUUACUUUGGACUUGAUGUAUUUGACCAACUGCGUAUGGAAGCAGAAAUUCGUGGUUCUCUCCCCACCAUUCCUAUUGGCAAGAAGAUUCAUGUUGGGGACUACGUAGAACAGUACACUAGAACUGCACCUGGCCUCAUUCUUUCACAGUCAUCAUUGAAGUUCCAAUUGGAUGGAUCACCCAUAGACAACCCGUUCAAUGUAGAACAAGUGAUUCGCUACAAUGAGUGCUUAUAUUCUCCAAAAAAUGUUUCAACCUAUCGCCUAAAAGUCGCCAGGAAUUUUAUCAGCUAUGAAGCUCGUGAGAAGAUCAUACGUUAUGCCAUGACAAACAAGGUCACUUCUCUUGGAGAUGAAGAUCCAUGUAGAAGUGGGAGGUCAAAGUGUGGUGAGCACAGUUCAUGCCUUAUAGAGGGAGACAGUUUCAAAUGUGUUUGUAACCCUGGUUACCAGUAUCUCUAUGGAGAUAAUGAGGGUGAGGAGUCAGCUGUUUGUGUGGACAUCAAUGAGUGCAGUACUGGGACUCACACCUGUGACAGUAAUGCCAUCUGUGUCAAUGAACCGGGGAGCUUUGCAUGCCAGUGCAAAGCAGGGUAUACUGGAGAUGGAAGUCAAUGUGAACAGCUGCUGAGUUGUGAAGACCUGGGCUGUCACCCUCAUGCUGAGUGCAUUGAGAGGUAUCCAGGGGACCUUCAGUGCCAGUGCCUUCCAGAAUAUUCAGGAAAUGGAUUUCACUGCACCCCACUUGCUGCUCGAGAAACAUGUGAUACGGCCAGCGAUUGUUCUCCAUAUGCGGCCUGCACUUUCAGCGAUGAGGCUGAAAGCCAUGUUUGUGUGUGUGUGCCUGGUUACACUGGUGACGGCUACAACUGCUACGAUGCAUCAAUAAACAAUGAGAGCAGUUCGCCAAUUCCCGCAUGCUUACUUGGACUCUGCUGGUGUCCUCCUGGACAUGAACUUGAGGACAAAACAUGUGUGCUGAAGGAGGAACAACUACCUGAAGAAACCACAGAUGGAGAUCCACAAAUAUCAUGCAACAUUGUAAAUACAUGUCAUCCACAUGCACAGUGUGUGUUCAUCCCACCACGAGGGCAGUAUCAGUGCCAGUGUACUGCGGGGUAUGAAGGUGAUGGAUAUGAGUGUGCAGAAAUUGAUAUGUCCUGUUUGCAAGUUGACAUUUGUGAUAUUCAUGCUACUUGCACAUACAAUGAAGCAAGAGGAAAAGCGAUAUGUAUAUGCAACCCAGGCUACCAGGGUGAUGGAAUUCUCUGCACACUAACAGAUGAAUGUUCUUCCCCUGAGGACUGUGGCAACGAUGCACGGUGUGUCUGGAGUGCCAGCCAUGAACAGUAUGAAUGUGUCUGUAACCCUGGCUUCAGCAGAGAAGGUCCUGUUUGUGUGACAUUAAAAGAUUCAGGCUGCAAUGUUGUUAACGACUGUGACUCCAACGCUCAGUGUUUGCUUGAUCCUGCAACUGAGGAGCAUCAUUGUAGGUGCAAUGCUGGUUUCUCAGGAGAUGGAAAGACUUGUGCCGCAGAUCCUAUUGGUUGUAAUGUUAUUAACAAUUGCCACAUUGCUGCAGACUGUGUUUAUGAUCAAGGUGCAACAGGAUACCGGUGCAGGUGUAAGAAGGGUUAUCAUGGAAGUGGAGUGCAGUGCACACCUGAUGUAUCGUGUCAGCAAGAUUCAAAUUUAUGUGGCUCUGAUUCUAGUUGUGUCCCCACAGCUGCAGGUUAUUAUGAAUGUCAGUGUAACAAAGGUUUCACUGGAAAUGGAAUUGUAUGUAAAGCAAUACCAAAAUAUGCAGGAAAUUUUCUACUUCUGAAUCAAGGAAUGGCAACACUGCGAAUUCCAUACAACCCAUCAUCAAGUAAUCCAGGUCAACCAAUAACAAUUCAGUAUUUUCAAAUGGCAAUAGGAAUAGAUGUAGACUGUCUAGGAGGUCGAGUCUACUGGAGUGACAUUACUGGCCAAACUAUCAAGAGCUCAAAAUAUGAUGGAACAGAUGUACAGGACUUCCUCAUUUCAGAUAUUGGUUCACCAGAGGGAAUCAGCAUCGAUUGGGUGUCAAGAAACAUAUACUGGACAGAUUCAACAAAGGACACUCUUGAAGUGGCAAAUCUUGAUAACAAACUGAGGAAGGUGAUCAUUUCUGAGGGACUAGUGAAUCCUCGUGGAGUGGCAGUUCACCCAGCAAGAGGAAAAGUGUUCUGGUCAGACUGGAAUCGUGAAUCACCAAAGUUAGAGUGGGCAAAUGCGGAUGGCACCGGUCGAUCUGUCUUCCUGAAGGGAACUGCAGUAAAGCUUCCAAAUUCACUGAGCAUCGACUAUGACCGAGAUGAACUGUGUUGGGCUGAUGCUGGAACAAAAUCUAUUGAAUGUGUGGGAAUCAGCACUGCAGUUAGGAGGACAGUCGUCGCAAACUGCAGUUAUCCAUUUGGACUUGCGAUCUCCCCUCACAAUUACUACUGGACAGACUGGGACACGCAUAAGAUAGAGAGUGCGCAGAAACCCUCUGGGCAGGUAAAUAAACCCAUCACGGUUCCUCUUGGGGGCAGUGGCAGGAUGUAUGGAAUUGUAUCUGUUCCUGAGUACUGUCCCCAGUUAUCAAAUGCCUGUCAGUUUCAAAGUGGGGCUUGUGAUGAAGGACAUCUCUGUUUGCCAAAUGGUAUUGGAGGCAGAAGUUGUGUUUGUGCUGAUGCAGACAGUGAGGGCUCAGGCGAGGUGGACAGGUGUAAUGAUGUAGUCUGAUUGAUGGAUUGCGCAUAGAUGAACACACAUAUAUCAUCAUAUACUUGGUUAUCACAGAAAUAGAUCAUUUUCACUGGAAGAAAAAUAGGUUUAUAAAGGUUUGAGUUUUUCUUGGCAUAAUAUAGAGUCUUCUGGCUUGUAAUACUGUGUUGUAUUUGAAAAAAAGCAUAAAAGUGUAGAAAUUGCUAAUCUGAAUGUGGAGACAGUAGGUUGCUCCAAAACAUUGGAAUUUACUUCCAAUACAAAAUGGUAUAACAACUCAAAUUACAACCCUCGCUACACAGUUUACCAAUACUGAAGUGGAGUUCUGGGUUGGUGAUGUGUGAUUUGUCUAACAUGCAAUUACUGUCACAAAAACAGCAUGAAACUUGUCUGGUCCAUUCAGUGUGCUAGAAAAUAUUUGUAGAAAACUAGUAUUGACUCCUCACUUUGCUGGUAAAUUAAUUAUUCACUGUGCCAUAAAAACAAAAUCUCAUGUGUUUUUGCUAAGGGUUUAAAUUGGUGCAAGUUAAGUAUAUUUCAGUUUUGAACACAUUUUCAUUUAAAAAUAUCCAUCCACUUUUGAUAGUUAUUAAUUGUGAUUGUUUGAUUAUGAAGUCACGUAGCAAAAAAUGUCAUGUCUUCUUUUUUCCUAAGACUUUAGGUGGGUCAUCUAACAACAAAGCCUGUCUAUGAUGCUCUAUCUUCCCACAGCUUCUCCGCAUCUGUUUCUUCCAUCUUCCUUCCUUCUCUGUGACAUCUUUCAUAAACUGUUGUUCCCAUCUUAAGCUCUCUCUUUUUCUUGGGCAUUUCCUUUCACUUUCAUGUUCAGAACCUUCUUUGGAUUCUCAUUUUUUCACUCUUAAAACAUGUUACUUGUUAAUUUCCUUCUCAAGUGUUUAUAUUUUAAGCCUCUCUAAUUUCACCAUUUCUUGUUCUCUCACUUUUGUGUAUAAUUAUUCUUCUGGACUUUGUGCAUUAUGUUCCUUGAAUGGGAGUAUGUCCCAAUACAGUGGACUUUCACUUUAUUAAUUAACUUUAAAUUUGAUAUAGAAAUUGCAGCGACCUUUCACGACCAAAACACAAAGCGGAAGGAAGCCAAGGUUUCAGUUUUGCCAACAUUGAAAACCAAACACAGAGUUUUCUGCAGAUCAAAACCAUGAAGUUCUGGAAAAUGGAUCUAUUUCACUCUUCAGGUGAUCAGUGAGAAGACAAAACCCUAUUCUGUUGGGCCCUUUGAAAUAACUAGUUUUAAUACUGAACUGAUCAUCUGAAGAAUGAAAUAGAUCCAAUUUCCAUGUAAUUAAUAUAAGACGCUUGGUGGGUUAAUGAAGUCCUGAAGAAUAUAACAUUGUGUCACAACAUUAUCAGAAAUCUCUGUACUUUGCUUUCUGUUCCAUAUGAUAACAUGGCUCUGUACUUGCUUUAAAUAGACAUGUAACCCCUUCUUAGGCAUUUUUAAUUUCCAUAUGUCUCUCAAUAAAUAUUAAAAUUGUAUUAAUAGAAUUGGAUGUGUUAUGGCACAUUAACUGUGAGUAAUAAAUUCAUGGGUAUGCAGGAGAACACAGUUGUGACAUGUGUUCGAAGUUUUACUCAGGCAUUUGCCUUAGGGACUGAGAAAACACUGAAAAACAAAAAGCAGCUAGAGCUGAAGCCAGGUACCUCCACAACGCAAGCUAGAUGUCUUACUAUUUUUUUAUAUUUUUUUUUUUUGGGGGGGGGGGGCUAGUCAAGAACCAUGAGGAAUGUUGGGUAUGUAUGAUUAAAUACAGCGCAGUCCCACACAUUAGCCGUAGCAUUUACUUAGUAAUAUUACAAUUUUCUCUGAUACUGUUGUUCUGGGAUUUAAUGCCAUGUAAAUUUGUAGGUAGUUGCCAACAUUGGGAUCUGCAAGUGUACACAAUAACAAAGCCAAGUCAAACAUCACUGUCAUCAUCGUAACUGCUGUGAAAACCUCAAAUCUCACACAGAAUCUCCUUUCUUUUCCAUUUACAGGUAUCAAAUUUUUCUGUGAUCUGAAUAUACAUGCAGUCAGCUUUUCUUCCAUAUGGAAGUUUCAUAUAAUUGUUCUGUUGAGAUUUACAGUGCUGGAACUUGUGUGAGUGGAUACGUAUUUCAUUAAGUCAACCAUCAACUUCUAUACACUUCUAAAUCUGUGUUUAGAACUUCAUGUAGAAAUGGCAUUAAAACCAUAAAAGUAUCAUAUUCAUACAUGACAGAUGAUCCAUUUCCUACAUCUGCUGAACAUAAUUGUUUAUUUUUUAUGUUAUUUAAUAAUUUCAUAUAUUUGCAGAGGUCAUUCACUGUCUAACCCCAUUAUAGUACAACUCUUUCUUCACCACUGAUAUUGGUGUCAAAGCAAGGAUGGCAGUAGUUCUUUUAUGUCCGAGUGUAUUUUCAUUGGUGUAUUAAAGCGACAAAUUGUGUGAAGUACUGUAGUUCCAGUCUUUCCUCAAUAAUCUGUACUUAACAAUUUUGUAACACUACCCCCAUAUACAAUAUUCAUCUUUACUAUAAUCUCAUUUUUGGGAUUAAAAUAUAUACAAAUA